GUUUCCUAGCAACAAAACAUGUAAUCAAUAUGGCGUACAAUAAAGACUAAAAGGAAAAGUUGAUUCUCGAAGAAUUGCAACGAGAAAAAUGUCUGACGAGGGCGAUAAAAAGCCAACUAGAGCAAUUAAAAUAAUAAUUUCAAAAUGCACGAACUUGCGUGGUACCAAAGGGGAAGCGUGUACUUCGCUUGUAAGGGUAGAAUUUGGUCAGACAUUCCUCGGGGAGUCUGGUAAGGUGGAAACAAACAAGGAAACAAAGAUGACGGAGUACAAGUACAUGAUAACUUUAGAUUGCACCUUUGACGAUCCAUAUUCUCUUGAUGGCAUUUGUCAGAAACCAAUUGUUGUUAUUGUAGCAGAAGUACUACCCAAAGAUAAGAAGUCGAAAGAAGAAAAGACGCUUGCCUUGGGUCAAUGUUGUAUCGAUCUUCUGCCUCUAUUGAAAGGAUCAAAGGCAUUCACAGUUACAAAGCCACUAACUUCUUUGGUUCAAACGCAAGUGUUUGCAGAGUUAGUGACAACUGAAGCAGAUCAGCCCGAGCUUGAAGUGAGCAUCUCAGUCAAUGAACCUUUGUUGACAACUCACGAGUUGAAUGAAAGCAAUAUAUUGACCUUUCAAAUGGACAGUGCAUAUUCAGUACCAGACUCCUGGUCGAGUGGAACCCAAUCAUAUAACUAUUGCAUAAGUUUGCCCAUUCCUAUUACUGCGCAGAAAGAAAACAUCGUUGUCAUUCCCAAUGGUUUGUUGCGAGCAGCAAGCGAUAAGGUAUCGAAUUAUUUUUUUUCAUUCAAAACAUGUUGUUCAAGUUCUACUCUCAAGCAAGACGCUUUCGUCCAAUCACUUCAGGAAGCAAAUCAGAAGAGGAAGUGGAGCGUUGGACCGUCAACAUCGGGAGUGGACUUGUUCAUUGACGAAAGUUACGUAGACCAUGCAUUCCCGGAUGAGGAACAAGGCGACUUGCAAGAUGAUCUCAACUUCAGACGGAAUGCCCAGUUUGAAAAACCACGUGUAACAUGGAACUCGGAACGAAGGUGUUUCCUUUCGUUGGACGCUUCACUUAGUUUUCAAAAGAAAAUAGCCAAUAACCGCAUAUGGCCGGUGGAAAUCACUCGCCAACCGACAACAGCGACGGUUAAAACAAGGGCCGGUAAGCAACAGUCCACAGAUGAAGAGCCAAGCAUAUCGUUUCAUGGCGUUGCCUACGUAAACAUGGCGCCAUUGUUGUAUCCCGGGAUCAAAAUGAUCCAAGGAGCGUAUCUUGUUCGACCAUACAUCGAGAACGAGGUGCUAGAGAGAACAAAACGCAAAGCAAACGUGAACGAUGACAGUGAACAAAUGCCCGGUGCGUUAAAUCGGAACACGCCGUCAGUCUCCGUAAAAAAUGUCGGAAGUAAGAUGAUUACUAAAGAUACGAAAGUUAAGCAGUCUAUGGCAGCACUUAAAGCAGAACCGAAUUCAGAAGGCGACAUCGCGGACCCCGAAAGCCAACAAUACAAUGAAGCGCGGACGUUUAUCACCAUAAAAAUUGAACUAGACAAGCCACUGGUAGCAAGAAAACCACCUUCGGCACUCGCAAAAAAAGUGGCCGAAAUCAUACCACCAAGAGCGAUCUUCAGCAAGAAAAGCGGCGGUGCAAAAAAGGCUAUUGAAAACUAUCACAAUCAAAUCGUCAAUGUCGCUAAUCUUCUGCUCAAUGAAUUUCGACAUUUAAACGGCGGUGACUUCGGCUCACUUAGUCAGGAAAAUGAAGACGUUGAAAACAGGCGGAAAGUGUUUCUGUACGAACUGAACACGACCGGGAAAUAUUUUGCUUUCAAAGAGCAAAUGAAGAAUGCGGUGAUUAAAAUCGUACGGGAGAAAUAUUUUCACACAACAUCGUUCACGAAUCAAGAAGAACUUCAAUCAUUUCUCAGCGAUCUUUACGUCUUCCUCGUAGACGAAAUGCACAAAGGACUCAACAAGGCUUUAUCUGUGGACGAGAAAACGGAAAUUCCAACGUCAAUGGCGGACAAUGAGAUGUUGAAGCACUUUGCACAAGAAGCUGAGGUCAAGGAAGAUUACGAACUGGCUGCAAAGUAUUACAAAGAGAGAUUAGGAAAGAACCAAAAUGAUCCGGACUGUUGGUUUGAUUAUGGCGCUUAUUGUCUCUUAAUUCGAGACGUUUCCAAGGCUGAAGAAUGCUUCAGGGAAGUAAUAUCCUUAAAUCAGAAGCAUUUUAAAGGCCUUCUGCUCAACGGCUGCGUCUCGUUGAUGACACAGAAGUACGAAGAGGCAGAAACUUUCUUCGAAGCAGCUACUUGUCAGAAUGAGAAAAGUGUAAUUGCGUGGACGACACUGGGAUUGUUCUACGACAGUUUUCAAAAUGACAUUGGGGCCGAAAGAGCAUUUCACGAAGCGACAAGAGCGAAUACGGUCUCUCUUCCAAGAAAUACGAUGCCAGUUUUAGUUGUAAAAAACCCCUCAUCUCGACGGGCGAGCCUCGAUGAUACAAAUGGUAGGAAACAACGAAAUUCAACCUCUAAGAUACCAAAGAACGCUUCAAAUACACAGACAACAGAACACAUUGCGGUGGAUGCAAAACGCGAUGAGAUCGUCACUUCUCGUGAGGUCAUAGUCCCACCACCGGCACCACCAAGAAGUAUAUUCCUACAGACCGCUGUCUUUCUUCUGAAUGUCAAUGCGACAAUGCUAGCUGAAAGUUCUCUUGCUCACGAACUACUGACCAACGGACCUUCAGCCUUAUAUUACACUUUACUGGCAAGAUUGCAUGCUCAAAACAGGAAUUAUGAUGAAGCCGAAGCUGAUUUAAAUGAAGCUCUGAAGCUUGACCAUAAGAGUUCAAACGCCUGGUCUUUGUUGGGACAUGUCAACUAUCUCACCCACAGGAUGGAUAAAGCUUGUAUGUGCUACGAAAGGGCGCUGGCAUACAUUGAUGAGCCCACAGACAUUCAUACCGUUUACAUUAGAUUGGCAAGCAUAUACUUAAAAGAAAGAAAGUUUGUCCUGGCAAAAAAGCACUUCUUAAUGGCAUGUCAACGAAGCCCUUCGCCAUGUUCGUGGCUCGGUGUGGGUAUAUCUUGUUAUGAGUUGGAUUUACUAAACGAGGCAGAAGAUGCUUUAGCUGAAGCAAACAUUCUUAACAAUACGGAUGCCGAGAUUUGGGGCUAUCUCUCCUUGCUAUGUUUAAAGACGGGAAGAAAACUUGAAGCUGAGCAAUCGUAUAAGUAUGCCAUUAAGUUGAAACUCCAAAACGAAGAACUUUUGAGCGAGUUACAUGCAAUGCAAGAAAAAGUCGGCUUUGGUAAUCCAACAGUUGCAUAAAGUUUUCGAAAUGAGCGAGAAAAGGACUUAUAUAUCUCUACAUUUCAAAUUAGAAAAUGAAGCGAGAGGUUUAUUUUACGUUAGACUGUUAUAAUUAUUUUAAAAAGUUGUUUUUAUCCAUUAAAUUUUUAAAUAAAGACGAAAUUUAUGUGAAUUUUAUAGUUGCUCAGUAAGAGGUGCCAUCUAAAAAAACGUAAUAUGCGCAGCAAAUUUUUUUUUUAAAACGGCACGCUUAAAUUACAUUUCAAAACAAAUUAAA